CCCGGAGCGGCGGCGGCUGAUGGAGCGGAUCAGAUGAAUGAGCUGCGGUGCUCACAGAGGACAGACGGCUGGAGAUGAGAGAGGAUGAACCGGCCGGAGCAGCAGAAGUAUCAGCACCGUAUCCUCACACCGCCUGAGUCCCGGUUUGGACGAAAUAACGAGAAAAACGCCAGGAGGAGUCUCGUCAUCAGCCUGUAAAUCUGUGGUGAGCAUCCUCGGAGCUGUUGUGAUCUUGGAGGAGGACGGGACGUGAUGCUAAAACUCGGAGCGAGCACCGACUGUUGUUCUGUGUUGCCUCCAGAAGCGGCGGAGAUGAAGCUCCGUGUGGAAAGAAGAUGUCUGUCACCGCCGGGCAGCGGGAAACGUCUCACUCGCGGCGGUGAAACUCUCUAAUAUCAGUCGGUUGGAGGCUCAGCGGGCGGCACGGAGGAGCCAGUUCUUACCAGUGGAUUAUGAGCAGUUGGACUGUAGAAAUUGAGGCUGAAUGUGGAGUUUUAUGAGGCAGCGGAGUGUUCACAGCAAGCUAACACCGAAUGGAUAAAGCUAGCGUAUUUAGAGACUAUGCGCUGUUUUAAACAACAUUUUCCCUCUGCCGAUAUUUUCUCUGUGGAUUUAAAAGCGCAACUUCACCAGCUUAAUUUGGCUGUAAAUCACACUCCCUCUGCUGUCAGUCUGCUCCCGAGUUUAGCUCCAUAAUCCCGAGGAGUUUGGUUUGAUUUAGCUAACGGGUAGCAGCAGCUGCUAGCGCCAGCGCUGCUGUGUGUUCUCGGUCAUCAUGCAUGCACCGACACGUCUGCUCGGAUGAAACCAACACCCAGCCAAAAAAAAGGAAAAAAAAGAUGCACCCAAGGGCAUAACAACAACACACCGAGCCAUGUCGGACUGAGAGUAGCCAGAGUGGCUCCGCCGGCACAGCGACCGACCAGAGCGGCUUUAAUCAGAGGGAUCAAGAGCUGAAGCUAACCUCCAGCAGCUUGUUCACACCGUCAUCCAGAGACCACCGACAGGAUCAUUUUCGACUCUACUCAGCGACGAUAUCCAGCUAAAAUGGGAGAACAGCCCAUCUUCAGUACUCGGGCUCACGUCUUCCAGAUCGACCCCAACACCAAGAAGAACUGGGUUCCUACAAGUAAACAUGCUGUCACUGUCUCCUACUUCUUCGACAGCACCAGGAAUGUAUAUCGAAUCAUCAGUCUGGAUGGAUCCAAGGCCAUCAUCAACAGCACCAUCACCCCCAACAUGACCUUCACCAAGACAUCGCAAAAGUUUGGCCAGUGGGCCGACAGCCGGGCCAACACCGUGUACGGCCUCGGCUUCUCGUCAGAGAGCCACUUGGUCAAGUUUGCAGAUAAGUUUGCUGAGUUCAAGGAGGCGGCUCGGUUAGCCAAGGAGAAAUCUCAGGAGAAGACGGAGCUCACCAGCACUCCCUCUCAGGGUGUCGCUGUUAAAAGGAAUGUGUUGUCAGUCAACAAACCUGGUAAAAAAAAGGAGUCGGCCCCUGGAGACCUGCAGUCACCUCUGACCUCGGAGAGCCUCAACGGUACUGACGACGAGAGAAUCACACCAGAAGCUCCUCAGCUCCCUGAAGCCAGAGCAGAGCCUUCCCAGAAUGCACUGCCCUUCUCACACAGUUCAUCCAGCAUCAAUAAGCACUGGGAGGCAGAGCUGGCGGCGCUGAAAGGGAACAACGCCAAACUGACGGCGGCUCUGCUCGAGUCCACAGCCAACGUCAAACAGUGGAAGCAGCAGCUGGCAGCCUAUCAGGAGGAGGCCGAGCGGCUACACAAACGGGUGACGGAGCUGGAGUGUGUCAGCGGCCAAACAACAGCGAUCAAGUCUCAAAAGACGGAGCUCAACCAAACAAUAGAGGAGCUGGAGAUGGCUUUGAAGGCCAAAGAGGAGGAGCUGGAGAGACUUAAAGCAGAGGUGGAGAGUGCCAAUGAGUUCAGGACCCAAAAAGACUCCCUGACACAGAAACUACAGGACACGGAGUCGAGGAACCAGACGCUGGAGGCCCAGCUGAGCGACCUGGAGCAGCGUCUGGAGAGCAGCCAGCUGGAGAGAGAAGCCUUUCGCAAGAGUCUCCGCUCUCUGCUGGAGCUGCUGGACAGCAAGAUCUUCGAGCUGAACGAGCUGCGGGACACGUUGGCCAAACUGCUGGAGGGCAGCUAGACACAGCAGCCGGAACGCAGCGCCCGCAUCUUACUGCAUGUUUCACUACUCACAGUCACAGACACGACUUGAAUUCACUCCGUUUCCACACAAGUUUACACACGACUUUAUGCAUCAGCGGUACACUCUUUGCUACGUCCAGAUCGUUUACAGCCAAGUGAAGCCUUCCUUUCGCUCCACUCUGGAAACUUUUCGCUCCGUAAGAAGCGUUGAUCGAAGAUGACUUCGGCGGCUGCUCGGCUUUCUCCCAUUUUUCUGUUUUUUGGUUGCUUUUUUUGUUCACUUCUUCAAGCACUAUUGUUUAUAAAAGUUGUCGUCAGCCAAAUGAACUCCUCCGCUCUGAGACUGAUUCCUAUUUUUGGUUUUGUGAGCUGAUGAUAGAGAUAAUAAUGUGACUAUGAUCCAGACGGAUUGCCAAACGAGGCCGGAGAGGACGUCAGUAUGUCUUAUAUUCUUAUACAAUAUAUGAGCAAUACAAAAAGGGAGCGUCAGAGGGUUAAUAAACACUUUCCACUCUCACUUUCAGGUAACUUUACUCCUCUCUCGGAUAGACCGCAAUCGAGACAGGAUUUUCUUCAAUAGUGUUUCUUUCUAUAAACUUUUUUAAAGAAAAUAACAUAGUGCACUUGUAAAAAUGGAGUUUGUGUGUGUGGGUGGAUUUUCUUUCCUCUCUUGUUUCUGUUGAGACUUGAAGUGCAAUGAUUGAAUCCUUUUUUUUUUUGUUUUGUUAUUAAUUUAUUACUGAAAUUACCGACGGUUCAUUCUGAUGAAAGUUGUACAAAAAGCAAAAUGUCUUUAUUUACAUUUCACUUGAUCUUUUUUAUCGUCUGGUACGUGGGUGUCGAGGUAGUUUUGUCUUUUGGAGAAAAAAGCUGGCAAUAUUUUUGAACUAUUUAUCAGAGAUAAGUAUAGCAGAGCAAUCGCAGGUUGGACUUGCAGAGAAUCUUUUUGUUUUCUUUUGCCAAAUAAUGUUUUCCUGUAUAGAUCUGAACUUGUGCUGAUGUUGCCUUUGGUACAGAGAUGCAUCAAUGGUAGCUGACUAGCGGUACUUUUUCUUUUUUUUGUGGGAUUUCCUAUUGCCAAAAAUUAGAGGACUACGAUACAGUACGUACACCAGAAGAACACUAACUAAGGGCUUGUUGUUGGUACUUUUGGGAGACUUGCCGGUGACUUUAUCACGUUAGAAUAAUGAACGUCACAGCUGGAAAGGGAAAAGAAUAUUUUAAAUGUCAAUUAUACCACAUGCUUAAAAACACAAAUUGUAAUUUUGAGUUUAUAGUAAAAGAAAACCAAAUGACAA